GUUGCAGCAACUCAUUAUAGCAGCAAUUGAUCUAGUAGAUGCUAAGUCAAAGACAGGAGGAUACAUAGUAUAUUCAACUUGCUCCAUGUUGGUUCAUGAGAAUGAAGCUAUUAUAGACUAUGCACUUAAAAAGAGGGACGUAAAAGUUGUGCCUUGUGGUUUGGACUUUGGUCGCCCAGGAUUCAUAAGGUUCAGGGAACACCGAUUUCAUCCAUCUUUGGAGAAAACAAGGAGAUUUUAUCCACAUGUAAAUAACAUGGAAGGAUUUUUUGUUGCUAAGUUGAAAAAGCUAAGCAAUUCCAAACCAGCAGCCUCUCAACCCAAUAAAGAGUCAGAAAGAAAAACUGAGGCUGCAGUUAUUACCGGUGAUAAUGAUUCUGAGAUCCUGAAUGGGAACCCUGAAGUGCCAACGACUACUGUUAAGAAAAUUAAAGAAUCUAAUACAAGUAUUAAGAAUGCUGGUAGACAUGCGGGUAAGAAAAUCAAACCCAUAGCUAGUAAGAAGAUUCAUCAGAAAACACUACCAACAUCUGUUGAUCAGGCAAAGAAAAAACGGAAGUUUUCAUUUAAUGGAAAAAAUGGGCCCUGGAUUAAGAGAAGGAAGCCUCAGCAGAAGGGAGGAUGAAGUUGUGGUGUGUUCAGAUGCUGGACUCUGCUGGUCAGGCACCAACAAAUGCAGAAUUUGGUCCAAGUUUUGUUUAGAAUGAGGUAUCUGUAAUGAUUGUGUAGAUUAGCUAUAACUCUUACUGAUAACCUUCAGUUGUAAGCUUUUUUCUAAUUUUUAAUUUUAAGUUUUUGUGAACUGUUUUAGAACUAAUGCAGGGCCAGAACUAUUGCCUGUGGUUCCGUAUACAUGCUGUCAUAAUUUAUGCUUUC